CAACGGUCGACUGAUGUGGUCGUCGAGUCAAAAAGUUGCACACGGUCGCUCAUCUUCCCAGCGUCCUGAGGUCGCACCAGGCUUCACAGCCCUAAUUUGGGACGGGUCACACGAACAACGCAUCCAGCACUUGCCCACGGAAAGUCUGGGAUGGGAGCAUCAGAGAAGAGAGCCUCACAGUGCCAAGAUGUGAUCUCUGCAUGUACCUCUUGGCCAGUCGCAAGUCAAGACUUUCCUCAAGAGUCACCGUCGGGUCAUGCAAGCUCUAUAAAGCUGCUCGCGACCGCUACAGACAUCUAUGAUUCCACCAGCUGGACCGCCGCUCUCCGCUGAUCGUCGAUCUCCCCUUCAUCAUCCCUCCAACGUCCUCGCAAUCCGGAUUCUGAGAUCUGCGUACAACCUGCGUAGACGUUUGCUCAACGAACUGUACCACCAGACUUUGCUUCUCUCUUCCGCAACUGCCUCAUUCGGACCUUGUCCGAUGAUUUUGGGUUUCGUCGAGGCUCUGAGCACAUAAAGUCGGACUAUCACUUGCCACCUCUUGCUCGACACGACCCUCUAGCUGCUUCACCUCACCUCGACGCUUAGCCAACUCCACCGAGCUGGCCUGACCUCCUCGCUGUGAUUGCAAACUUCAAAUUCAGUCUGCCACAACCGCAAGUCGCCCCUGGCACUCGCCACAUACCGAACCACAAACUCAUCCACCCGUC